CCCCGCCCCCACUUGAGUAAGUAAGCUUAGAAGCUCCCCAUCUCAACAGCUUCCUACAUUUUCAUGUAGUACGGGUAUGCAAAUCACUAUUGCCCAUACACAGACCUUUUGUCAAGAUGGCAGACAUCGAUAUCAAUCUCCAAAAGAUUCAAGAGCUACUCAUUAGCAUCGCCCAUGAGGCGGGCAAAAUGAUGCUCUCCGCAACUCCCUCCCACCUCAACUCAGGCACCAAGAAAAAUUGUAAGAUGACUCUGCCCAAACUCUGCCAUUGCAACUACAGAGGCUGACCAAUUCCGCAGCCGCAGAUCUCGUGACCGAAACCGAUCGCGCAGUCGAAUUGAUGGUCUCAACGCGCCUCCAGACCACGUACCCCUCGUAUUCAUUCAUCGGCGAGGAAACUUACGUCGCAGGCGAAACCGAAUUGACCGACGCACCCACCUUUAUCGUCGACCCCAUAGACGGAACGACAAACUUCGUCCAUACAUUUCCCGCAUUUUGCAUAUCUCUCGGCUUCACGGUCAACAAGAUCCCUAGCGUGGGGGUAAUAUACAACCCUUUUCUCGAUGAAUUAUAUACCGGUAUUCUGGGCCAGGGAUCAUUCGUGACAUACAAAAGUGGAGAGAAAUUGAAGCUGCCUUUGAGACAAGAACCCGAACCGCUGCAAGACCUCUCAACUUGUCUUAUUGGUGCAGAAUGGGGCUCGGACCGCACCGGUCCUAAUUUCGCUCUCAAAUCCAAAGUUUUCACAAAAUUAGCCGCUUCCAAAGAAGAGGGCGGUGCUAUGGUGCAUUCGUUAAGGUGUGUUGGGAGUGCGGCUUUGAAUUUAGCGUAUGUUGCGGCUGGACAACAAGAUGUGUUCUGGGAGGGCGGAUGCUGGGCGUGGGAUGUUGCUGCAGGUUGGUGUAUUUUGAAGGAGGCUGGUGGGAUGAUGGUCAGUGGGAAUCCAGGAGAUUGGCAGCCGAAAGUUGAUGGGAGGGUGUAUAUGGCUAUCCGAGGGGCGGCAGAGGAGGGCCAGAAGAAGAUUAUUGAGGAGUUUUGGGGAAUCGUCGGGGAGGGUAGGUUGAUUUACUGAGAUCAGUCAAAAUACCGAUUGGGGUAAGAACAAUCGCAAUUCCCGCUGGGCUAUACAUGCCUCUUUUCAACGCCUUCUUGAUUGGGAAGUUGAGUGUUGAUUAAGACAGCACUACAACUCACUCAAGUACGUGGCAAGUUGGCACAACCCCUAUAGUUUUAACAGAGCUUAGGAAGGUAGUACAAACGUCAUAGAACUCGAAUACAUGGGUAACUUGGAAUAAAUACAUCUGGAAUAAGAGGGACGAGAAUCAGAGCACCUGAUACAAGAGAUAUAGAUGAAAGAGGAGAUAGAAUCUUUUGCUAUUUGUUCUAGUAAUCUAGAUCUCAGCAACUGCACUCACCAUCCCACUCCCGGCUGUUAGUUCAUAUAGGGCUACUACAGAACAUGUUGUUCAACAUAUAGCUUAGUUGAGGUCCAAGUACCGAUGCUUGUAAAAGACCUGUCUAAUACUCCAGAAACA